AGGAUAUAAGAAGCGACAAAAUGGCAGGGAAAAUAUUUGGUCGAUCGUCGGGGUCUGUCAAUGCCCCAAUAGCUGCCUUUUCCAUGGCUCUGAUCCUCACCUCCUACUGCGUCAGUUCCAUCCGUACCGCGCGCCGUGAAGCGCAGGCUCCAAGCACCACUACGCGUCAGAAGCCCGCAGGAGAGAAGACGGAGCAAAUGUCAUGGGUUCAGCAGGCAUUGGACCAAAGUCGCGAAGCUGAACGGAAAGUUUCUAAGUAACGAAUGUUGUACCGUACGAUCAAUAGAGUUGGAGUCAGGGCGUAAUACUACAGGCUGAAGGGGGUAUACUAGUGAAAGGUUAGCAGAUGUACAGCCAAGUGCUAAGUCAGAUUUCGCAGUGAUGUCCAUGAUCAGAAUUUUCAGUGUAUGAAAUAGUCCUUUCCAGAGUGUUAACUGGAUCUACCAUUUAGAAAGAAUUCAUCAUAUCAACGGAUAGCAACAACUGCCUUGAAUCCCUCCCAAGCAUUAUGGAGGACGAGUAAAGAAAUGCGAAUAGGGUUAAACAUUACCUAUUAAGG